AUGAAAGCUAUCUUGCUCUCGAAUCCAGGAGGGCCGUCGACGUUCCUCUUCAACGACCUCCCUAUACCCACGCCACUACUUGGACAUGUCGUUAUAGAGAUCAAAGCCUUUGGAAUCAACCAUGCUGAAAUGCACAUGCGAAAAGGCGAAUGGGCCGAAAUCGCGGAAGUAAGCGGGAUUGAAUGCGUGGGCAUCGUCCACUCGUGUCCUAGUGGUGAAUUUUCUGUCGGCUCCAAAGUAGCUGCAAUCAUGGGCGGGAUGGGGCGUACGAUUAAUGGCAGUUAUGCUGAGUACACACGAGUUUCCGCCAACAACGUCGCGGCUGUUGAGACUGAUCUCAAAUGGGAGGAAUUGGCGGCUAUUCCCGAAUCAUAUGCAACGGCUUGGACAACUCUCUUCCGGAACUUAGAACUAUCAAGUAGCCAGACGCUUUUGGUUAGAGGUGGAACCUCGUCCUUGGGACAGGCAGCUAUAAACCUCGCGGUCAACUGCGGGGCAAGGGUGAUUGCCACGACUCGAAAUAUGGACAAGUCGCCGAUGUUGUUUGAGUUGGGUGUGCAGCAAGUCGUGCAGGAAGGACCUCAACUAUCAGAGAGGCUCUCGGACGCAGGGACCAUUGACGCGGUGCUGAAUUUAGUUGGGAACAGCGUUCUCCUCGAUUCUUUGGCUAUUGUCCACAGGGGUGGACGUGUAUGCUUGGCCGGCUUCCUGGGGGGCCUCGAUCCUAUAUUGGAUUUCAAUCCUUUGUUGCAAAUGCCCAGCGGCGUGCAUUUCAGUUUCUUUGGCAGUUUCCACUUCGGAACACCAGGCUUCCCGCUAUCAGAUGUGCCGUUGCAAACGAUCGCCAAUGAGGUGUCGACGGGCCGCUACAAAGCUAAACCGUCGAUGGUAUUUCGAUUUGACGAAAUUGCGGAGGCCCACAAGAUGAUGGAAGAGAAUCGCGCUGGUGGAAAGUUGGUAGUUAAGAUUGGGGAUUGA